AUGUAUGAGAGCAAAGUGCCAGAUAUGCAAGGUCGUGGUGGCAGCAGAAGUUGCAUGGCGUCACUGAAGAGGAAGCCGUAUUUGGUGCUCCUGGCAGCAGUGAGCCUGCUGUUCCUGUUGUACCAACGACAGAGCUUCGCCAACCCUCUGCCUGAGGGCAAGGGCGGCGCCAUGUAUGGGAGAAGAGUCGGCGGACUACUUGACGAUAUCAACAAUAACACACUUGGGUUUGAACGAAUCUUUGUCAUGGGACUACCCGACCGUACAGACAGGCGCGAUCAGAUGGUCCUACAGGCUGGCCUCAGCAACAUUGUCAUUGAGUUUGUGGAUAGUGUUCGCGGAGACGAAAUCAACCCCAAGGCCAUUCCCGCAGCGGAGACCGGCGAGAAGCUCACCCCCGGUGCAUAUGGCUGCUGGCGCGGCCACAUGAAUGCUCUUCAAGAAAUCGUUCGACGCAACAUUUCCAGCGCUCUCGUAUUGGAGGACGACUCCGACUGGGACGUCCGCAUUCGAUCUCUCCUCAUCGACACCGCCCUCGCCACGCGCACCCUGACCCAGCCACUCCAGGGCACCGGCCGCGGCACGCCGGCGCGAUACGCCGACCCUACCUACCCCGAGCCGUCCGGCUCAGUCGAGGCCCGCGAGUUCUCCUUUGACGACCUGCCCGCGACCGCCGAGCCCACGACCUCGCCGUACGGUGACGAGUGGGAGAUGCUCUGGCUCGGCCACUGCGGCGUCAGCUGGCCCGUCCUCGCCACCGACGACCUGCCCUUUGGCCGCGCGUUCCGCUACAACGACAGCAGCGUGCCCGCCACCGGCCUCUACUCGCUCUCCAACCCAUACCUCCUCAAGGACAACUACCCAACCCACACGCGCGCCUUUCACCACGUCGAAGACGGCGUGUGCUCGCUCGGCUACGCCGUGACACAAAAGGGCGCGCGGGGCAUGCUGAGGGAGCUCGCGCUGCGCGGCGUCAGCGAUAACUUUGACUUUCAGCUGCGGCACUACUGCAAGGGCAUGAAGGGCCGCCGCAAGCACAAUUGCAUUGCGGCGCAGCCGCCGCUGUUUAGCCACCACAGAGGCGUCGGGCUGAUCAGCGCGGGCAGCAACAUUGACGAGCACGGCGAGGGAUACAGAAGCGAGGCCAAGACGGACAUGGUGCGCUGGAGCGUGGCGCUGAACGCGGAUAAGAUUAUGGAUGGCAAGGAGGAUUAUCUGGACGGGUUCCCAGACCCAGCCGAGAAAUAG